AUGGCUCCGUCUGCAGAAGAAACUACUACUGGUGGUGGUGGUAGUGGCCUAUUUCAAAGUGUUCUGGAUAAGAUAUUUGGUGGUGGAAAAAAAGACAAAGACGGGCUUAGGAUGAUACUUAUGGGCCCGCCUGGUGCUGGCAAAGGUACACAAUCACCAAAAAUCAAAGAGAAAUAUUGUAUCUGUCAUUUAGCGACAGGAGAUAUGUUGCGUUCGCAGGUGGCCGCGCAAACACCACUAGGAAUUGAAGCCAAGAAAAUUAUGGAAUCUGGUGGAUUAGUCUCGGAUGAAAUAAUGGUUGGGAUGAUAAAAGACGAACUAAAAAAUAAUGCUGAGUGUAAAAACGGAUUUAUUUUAGAUGGAUUUCCACGUACAGUUCCACAAGCCGAAAAACUUGAUGCUAUGUUAGAAAAGGACAAUAAGAAACUUGAUCAUGCUAUUGAAUUAGUCAUUGACGAUAAUCUUCUCGUUUCACGUAUCACAGGUCGUUUAAUUCAUCCUGCUAGUGGUCGCUCAUAUCAUAAAAUUUUCAACCCACCGAAAGUUCCUAAUACUGACGAUGUAACGGGGGAACCACUGAUCCAACGUUCAGACGACAAUGCGGAAACUCUAAAGAAACGAUUAGUUUCGUACCAUCAACAAACUACACCGGUUGUAGACUAUUAUAAGCGAAAAGGAAUAUGGUCCCAGAUUGAUGCUGCUCAAUCACCGGCUGUUGUUUGGUCGAGUUUAUUGGCGAUUUUCGAUGAUUCAAGGAAAAAAAAGUGA